CUGAUACUCACAUGCUUGUAUCUUUUAUGUAUGUGCAAGCUACGAGGCAUACAACGAAACAAGGAACCCCUGCGAAGAUCGGACCUGCUGCAGGUACACCUGAGCACUUCGCAAGAAGUUUGGGAUCCAAGUUUGGAAUUUCAGUGCAUAUUGUUAAAAGACAUUGACACUGCAACGAAUAGUUUCCAUGACACCAACGUGCUUGGAAAAGGAGGUUUUGGAAAAGUUUAUAAGGGAACAUUGCAUGAUGGCAAGGAAGUUGCGGUUAAAAGGCUUAGCAAGGGAUCUGAGCAGGGGGUAGAGCAUUUUAGAAACGAAGUUGUUCUUAUUGCCAAGUUGCAGCACAAGAAUCUUGUUAGACUCCUUGGCUAUUUUAUUCAUGAGGAUGAGAAGUUGCUUAUUUACGAAUACAUGCCCAACAAAAGUCUAGACAAAUUUCUUUUUGAUAAUACAAGAAAAUCUAUGCUUGAUUGGCAAAGAAGGUUCAGCAUAAUCAAAGGGGUAGCUAGAGGACUACUAUAUCUCCACCAAGAUUCGAGAAUGACAAUAAUUCACAGAGACCUCAAACCAAGCAACAUUCUGCUGGACAUGGAGAUGAACCCGAAAAUAUCAGAUUUUGGAAUGGCAAGGAUCUUUGGAGGCAGCGAGCAACAAGAAAGUACCAAACGAGUUGUUGGGACAUAUGGUUACAUGUCACCUGAAUAUGCGAUGGAGGGUAUCUUUUCGGUGAAGUCCGACACCUAUAGCUUUGGUAUUUUGCUGCUGGAGAUUGUGAGCGGAUUAAAGAUCAGCUCACCUCAUCAUCUUGUAAUGGAUUUCCGAAACGUCAUAGCAUGUGCGUGGAAUUUGUGGAAAGAUGGAAAAGCAAGGGAUUUCCUGGACUCGACGGUCACAGAAAACUAUUCCCUUGAUGAAGUGUCGAAAUGCAUCCACGUCGGACUCCUAUGUGUCCAGGACGGCUCCAGUGCUAGGCCACACAUGUCAUCGGUCGUAUCCAUGCUGGACAGUGAAGCCAUGCCACGUGUAAUGCCGAAGCAACCUAUGUAUUUCGCACAGCUAAAUUACGAAGUCGAGGAAGGGCGAGAAGGCUUGGAAAACUCCGUCAAUGGCGCAAGCUUUACGACACUAGAAGGCCGCUGACUGACUUGUGUAGGAUCUUAGUUUGAUAGUUUAGCAGACGUAUAAUUUAUUUAGAUAUCUAAAUACAUUUACCUUCUUGUAAGCUGCUCCUCCAUCAUAAACAACCUGAAGGAGACAUUAAGCAUG